UCGCGCAAGUUGGUGCAAUCAGUUGUAUUUCUGACAGUGCGGUGUCAAUACAGUGUUUGUGGUAUUGUAGUAACCACUUCAUUGCUGAAAGGCCUCCAGUUUUCGUCCAUCAAAUGCCGGCCAUUAAUCCAGGAACAGGAGCGUCUAGUGGCUCCCAACAGCAAAGGACAACAUUUAGGCCCCCAUGGGUCAAGGAAGGUCCUGAGCCCCUCCCUCUACCCACAGCACCAUGGACUCUAGCUCGAACAAGACAAAGAGCACCUGAAGCACAGGAGGCAGGUCCCGUGAAGCCAGAUCUGAAACCUGUGUCACGUAAGAACUCCACAUCCACAAGCAACAAUGUAUCAGCAGAUAACCACAGCAGCAACAGCAGCAGACAUUCAGGGGCUGCCAACAAUGAGCCCACACCUGUCAGGAAGACCAGCAAGAUCACAAUAAUACCCUCAAGACCCUCAGCAGAUGGAGCAAAUGUCAAAGAAAACGGUCACGAUGCCUCCAGUACAGCUACUACCAACUCAAAAACAAAUAAUACCAGGCCACAAGAAGCUGCAAAUAAAACAAGGUCAUUAAAAUCUCCAACGUCACAAGCUAAAGAAAUUCCUAUUGAAAUCAAAAGUACAACUAAACCUAAACAGGAAGAACAGAAAGUAAAAACCAGUAACAAACAGCUGGAACAAAAACAAAAAAGUAGUAGCAAACAGCAAGAGGAACCAAAACAAGACACCGAAGUGGAAUCUAAACCACCACAACCACCUGCACCGCCUAUGCCACCACCACCAAUGCCAGGACUAGAAAAAAAGCCAAUGUCAGAAAGCAAGUUAGAAAAGUUGGAAGCACUGAAGAGCCGACCCAGGAAACGCCCUGACUGGGGUGCCAUGAUGAAGGAAGUGGAAUCAAGUAACCGGAAGCUGAAACAUGUCCAGUGCAACGACAGAAGCAGUCCACUCCUACCUAAAGUUAAGGUCAAAGAUAGGUUCAUGUAUGAAUCAGAGAAACCCACUGUUCACAACCAACUACUCAAGGAGAUCCAGUCAGGAAUAAAGCUUAAGAAGGUUCAAACAGAUGACAGAAGUAAACCACAACUUGAUGGUCUUCGCAAGUUCCGUCGCCAGAUGACAAUCGAGGAGCAAAUCCAGAAGGCUGAAGUUGAAGAGACUGAAGUUGAGCCCGAUGAGCUGGAUGACAUUGACAGUGUGCGAGAUGACCUUCAGUCUACAAAACAGAUGCUGGCACUUGAAAUGAGAAACAAGGAGGCCGUGGAACGAGAAAACAAGAAGCUUCUGACCAGGAUACUGAAUCUGGAAGUCGAGCUGGAGAAAGAACGUGCAGCGAAAAGGCAGACUGAAGAUGUGUCACCUUGGGCCAGAAAAGAGGAGGAUGAACAGGAGAAACGAAAACUACAGAAAGAUCUGGAAGAGGCACAGAGAUCAGCAGAGGAAAUGGAAACAAAAUACCAUGACACAGCAGGUCAAUUAGACAUGAUAAAGGCAGACUUGGAAGAAGCUCUUCGUAAAAAUCAGGCACUUGAGAGAAAGCUACAGGCCAGUAUCCUAAACCAGGACAAAGGCAGCGAACAGCCUCUACGCAAACAGCCAUCAUCUAAGAAGUUGGCAGCAGCUGCUAGGGAAAGCAAUGCUAACAUGCAACAGGCCCUAGGACAAGAGCCAAAAGAAGAAGAUGAGGAGUCAGAGUACGAAGAAGAAACUGAGACAGAAACAGAGUCCUCUUCUGAGGAUGAAGACACUGAGGCACUUCAGGAGAGGAGGGUGGCUCGGGAAUUGAAGCUGCUCCUGACAAAGCUUAAAUCGUUUAAACAGAAAGAGGAAGUGGCACGAAAGGAGAGGCACUCGCUACGGGAUCAACUUAAGAAGCAACAAAAGAUUCUAAGUGAUGAGAAAAAGAAGUACAAAGUUCUUCAAAAAGAGGUUGAUAAAAUGGCAAAUCUGAUGAAAGAUGAUGAAGAGGAAGGAAGUGAGGAUGAAGAUGAGCCUGAGGAAAGUGAAGAUUCUGAGUCUGAAAGUGAAAGUGAGGAAUCAGAAGAAGAAGAGAGUGAUGGAGACCUACCCCCAGAUGCUCCAGCAGAAAAUAGAAAGCAAAACCUGACUGAAAGGGCCAAGAGGCAUGAAAACUGCCUGGCAGCUCUCCGCAAGGGCAACUACCUUCUGAAAGCAAACAUUGACCGAAUCAAAGAUGACCUCUUCAAGCAGAAAGAGAUGUCUUUGAGAUUACAAGAAGAUCUCAACUCUGUUCUUGCAGAACUUGGUUGAACAAAAUAAUGUUUUGUCAAAACAACAAUAUUACCAAGCAAAUACAGGAUCGAUGUAUUUGCUGCAGCUUGCAAAGGAGUAUACAUCAAAGAUAAAUUUUCUUGCCAUAAAAUUUCUUCAAAUUGGAGAUGAAAAUUAUAAUACAGACUGUGGCACAGAAGUCAAACACCUCCAAAUGUACUAGGUCAAUAAUAAAAUACUGUUCAACAAAGACUGACACAAAUAACAAAAGUAUAUGUAACAACAUGGAAAGAACAGUCUUAUUAGGAUUUAAGUAUACUUUGGAUUCAGUGCAAAAAGUGAAUGUAAACUCCUGGUUAUCGAGUAUCCAAGCAUGUGGAACUCACAUGCAACUGGCUAAAAUUUCAAAGAAAAUUUACAAUUUUUGUAAAGUUCUUUCAAAAACGAAAUUGCAAAUGCACACAUGUCCACCCAUCAUGCUGUAGCUAUCCCAGCCAAUAUUAACAGUGCAACUCAUCAUCCUCCUACAGACUGCUACCAUUACAGUCAUAGUGAUCCAUAAUUAGAGCAGAGGCUA